AUGACCCUGUUUCAUUACCAGCGUGGUGUUACCUCGGGAUGUGGCUUGGGGUUGGCGUUCAGAGUCAACUUCACCUUCUCUCUCAUGCCCCAGUUUGGUACUGCUGGGUCCAAUGGCUUUGCACUUGUCAUAGCAGCAAAGCCCAAGGUGGGGAAGCCUGCUGGUGUGGGGUACAGUGGAUCGGGACUUCGGAGCAUAGCCGUUGUCUUUGACACGCUUCCGAAUGAUGUGGGCGAGCAGCACGUGGGGCUGUGCAUCAACGGCACAGAGGAGUGUUUGGUCAAGGAGGUGUCUCCAUUCACACUGACCGAUGGCGACUCAUACAAGGUGUGGGUGGACUAUGAGCCUGGGGAUCCCGGCACCAUUCAUGUGUUUCUGGCCAGUUCGAAUACAAAGCCAGACGAGCCACUGCUGCUGGGGAGGGUGUCGCUGUGUGCGGUGCUGCAGCCGGGAGUGAAGCAGCCGGCAUUCUCGUUUGGGUUCGUUGCGUCCACCACUGUGAAGCCCUUCCAGCGGCUAGGCAUUCUCUCCUCCACCGUGCAAACAGGCAAGCAUAUCCCCUUUUCGCGCUACGUGAGUUCGGAUUUCGAGCUCUCGGCCACCAAGAAGGACGCGUGGAGGCUUCGUGACUUCCACACGUGGGACUCUGUGGAUUUCCUUGGCUGGCAUGUCAAGAACCAGCGAGACUGCAAUGCGUGCUGGGCAUAUGCGGUGGUGGCGAGUGUGGAGGCGGCAUACGGCAUUGCAAAGCAGCAGAGCGCCCCUCAACUGUCAGUGGAGGCGCUCUUCGCUCUCAUGGGGCUCUCCGACUCCGACAAGUGCUCCGCUGGCGGCUCCCCCACGCAGGCCCUUGAGAAGCUUGUGGCUCUCGAUGCCUCCAGUGGGCUCACAGGGGACAGUGACCCGGCAACAACGUACCCGGUGCAGUCGUUCGAGCGAGCGCGGUUCAAGGGGUAUGUGGGGCUCAUGAUGGCAGUGCAGAACCAGCCAGUGGUGGUUCACAUCCAGGCGUCUGCUGCCACGUUCGUGAUGUAUGAUGGGACAUACAAAUACCAGGAUCCUGAUUGCUAUACAGGAAGUCUCAACCAUGUUGUACUCGUUAUUGGGUACUUCAUUACGAGAAAUGACGGCAGCCAGAACCGCAUUGCUCCUCCGUUUUGGAUUAUUCGCAACUCGUGGGGAGAGGAGUGGGGCGACAAGGGUCACAUGCGCAUGGACAUUCAGGGAGGGGAUGGCGUGUGUGGCAUCAACGUGCUGCCUGGCAUCUACCCCGUUGUCAAGAGUGAGGCAUUUACCCGGUAG